AUGGAAGAUUUAUUCGAUUUCCUAACUCAAUCCGCAUUUCAAGAAAUCAAAGAGCACAACCAGACAACGAACACUAAACAUGUUCCAAAAGCUCAUUCAACGAAUGGAAAGCUACGCGAUCUAUCCAGUCUUAAAUUACGCGAACGCCUCAUUCACUUGUUGGCACUGAAGCCUUUCACUCAGCGUGAACUAAAUGCGCGUCUACAAAAAGAUGGCAUACGUAAACCCGAAAAAUCUUUAAUUGGAAAUGUUCUGGCGGAAAUUGCUCAACUAAGCAGCGACGAGUACUCUUUGAAGCGCUGUAUGUGGAACGAAGUGAAAAUAAAUUGGUCUUAUUACACGGAACAGGAACGGCAGCAGUUGAAGUUACGUUUGACACCGAAUCUAUCAAACCCAACCAAUUCAAACGAACACACCUCAACUUUCAAUCAGAUCUCUCCUCCAAUAAUUAGCGCCGCUCAACCAAUUCAAGGAGAAACCGCCAUCGAAAUCUGUGGAAAGCGUCCUUGUUUGGAGUACGAAGAGCCCCAGAUUAAGAAGAAACGUCGUAUUAGUACUAAGAACAUUGGCAACAAAAACCCAUGUAAAGGGGCACAACCAGAUCAUAAGCAGGUCCCACUCAAAGAACCAACUCUGCAAAAAAUCCAAAAAGUAUCAGGUGAUGGUACUCACAAGAAGAACUCACAAAAGGAACCGAUUGCCAAGCCAACUUCCGUAGUAGCAGUUUCUGAUAUCUGCAAAAGUAAUCAACGCCAGGAAUCAGUUCCAGAAAUUUCCAAUUUUUCAUGUCUCAAUACUACUGAGAAUAACCAGCAUCGGAAACCAGUUAUCCAAACAAACUCCGUAGUACCCGGUAGAAGUACUUACAAGACUAGCCAAAAUCAGAAACAUCCAGGAACUUCUGAGAACGGCCAGCAUCUAGAACCAGCUCUACUUUUAAACAAAAAAGUAUCAAAUAAAAGUACUCUCAAGAAGAGCUCACAAAAGGAACCAGUUAUCAAGAAAGCUUCUGAAGGAGCAGGUACUGAUAUCUACAAAAAUAACAAUCGCCAGGAAUCAGUUCCAGAGGUUGCUUCUAAAUUUUCAAGUGUCGAUACCAUUGAAAAUAAACAACAUCGGAAAACGUACGCCGUGGUAUCCGGUAACGAUGCAUACAGGAGUCACGAGAAACCAGCAGGAGCAUCCGAAAAGAGGAUGAUUCUAGAAUCAGAUCUACAGUCUAACAACAAAGAAUCAGGCACGCAAAAAGAGCCCGUUGUCAAGACAGCUUCUGCAGUAGCAGUUGCUGAUAUCUAUAAAAAUAAGCAGCGCCAGGAAUCAGCUCCAGAGAUUGCUUCCACAUUUUCAUGUGUCGAUAAAAUUGAGAAUAGCCAACAUCGGAAAACAGUACCCGGAAACGAUAUUCACAAGAAUUUCCAACACCAGAGACCAUUAGGAAUAUCCGAGAAGCGGAAUAAUCCAGAAUCAGCUCUACGGAUAAACAACAAAGUGUCAGAUAUUCACAAGAAGAGCACGCAAAAGCAACCAGUUGUCAACGUAGCUUCUGAAAUAUCGGCUAUUGAUGCCCAUAAAGAUUACAACAGCCUGGAAGCAGUUCCAGAGGUGGCUUUAAAAGUUUCAGUUAACGGAACUAAUGAUCAACACAAGAAACAAAUUCUUCAAACAAUCUUCAAGAGGCCGGCAGUUGAGUAUCGUGUUAUUGACGAAGGCAAUACUGAAGCGUCGAGCUACGACUUUAGUAGUUACCCGACUAUCCGAAGCAUUGAACAGCGCCGUCAAUACAAAUACGAUUUUGAGCGCGUUUACAAAGAGUACUUUCCACUACGACAGCGUGUCGAAGAAGCGCAGAACAUUUUACAUAUUCUGCCUGAGCAGUUACGAAAUGUGCCCGAAGGAUCUGCGGAAUGCGAGCGUAUCACGAAUCAAAUUUUUGCCGUAACUGAGCGACUCAAUACUAAGGAAGAGAUUGGGCUCAAGCGACGUUUUGAUUAUUUGGAGGCGAAGUUGAUCCAUAUCAGACAGCGCGUGGAUGAUUUUGACCAACAAAUGCUGGAGGAAAGAGCAGGACAGGCUGCGGUUGCCCCGACAAUGUUUCAACAACACCAACGAUAA